AUGUCGUCACCAUCAAGACAAUUUGAGCUAGAAGAAUUUCGUAAAAGAACUUUACGCUUAAUGGAAGCUUUUGUUUAUGAUUUUAUGAAAAAAAAUGACUGUGAAGAUUCUGCAAGAACUUAUUACAACGAAAAAAAUCUAGAAAAUUGGCCUCCGCCUUGGUUAGCUCACAAUUUUCCCAAUGGACCUGCCUCAAAUAAUAUUAACAAAAACACCAACACCACCACCGUAUCUGAUAACUAUACACCAUCAUUACCUUAUGUUAACACUAGAAUUAACAAUAAUGGUUGUCUAAAAACGUCUGAUCUUGAUGAUUUGUUUGGUUUAAAUUUGAAAUCUGGUUUUUCUGAGCAUGAGAAUCAACAAUAUCUCGAUGAUAAUAAUGAUAUUAAGAUGGAAGAAGAAAAGGAUUUAUUAAAUAUCAAGUGUGAGUUUGAUUCAGAUAACAAUAACAACGAAAAUAGUGAUGAUGGUAAUGUGGAUGUUAGACAAUUAUAUUUUUCUACUUCUUCACCUUCGAUUUCAUCAUCUACAUCACCAACAUUAACAUCUUCUGCUCCUUUAUCUCGAACAAGAAUUAUGAACAUGGAUCAUAAUCAAAAUCAACAAAAUAUUGAUCAUGAUGAUAAAUUUUCACCACAACAAAAGGAUAGUAAUAAAGGUCAGGGUCGAAAUCAUCAAGAUAAUGACUCACCACUAACUAAUUAUAAACAACUUCCAGACUUAUCGUUGCCGUUAGAUGUUCCAGAAGGUUUUCUUACUGAAUGGUUUUUAACAUUUUGGGAAGCUUAUAAAUCAACUCAUGAAAGUAUUGUUGGAAAGCAUAUCUAA